AUGGAAAAUCCGGACAAGGUACUUCUCUUGACGUACGAGGACAUGAAGAAAGAUCUCAUUCUCUGUCUUACCAAAUUGGCUAAGUUCUUGGAUAAGCCUUUUUGCUUGGAAGAAGAGAGAGAAGGAUUUGUACAGGAGAUUGUAAGGCUUUGUAGCUUCGAGAAUUUGAGCAGUUUGGCAGUGAAUCAGAACGGAGUGCAACAUUUGAGUCCACAAUUUACUGUUGCGAACCGGGAUUUCUUGAGAAAAGGUCAAGUUGGAGACUGGAAAAACCACCUGACACCAGAGAUGGCCGAACAGUUGGAUGAAAUCACUAGGCAGAAACUUGCUGGAACAAGCUUGAUAGAAACUUUGUUUGCUCCAGUUGGUCCAACUGUGAAGUGA